UAUUAUCUCUGUUUAAUCAGUUAUAGUAUUCUAAGUUGCCCAUAUUUUAGAUCCUUGAUUUUUUGAAUAUCAUGUGUUUUGGUUUGGUUUUGUACUUGAACAUCUAUAUUCUGCUUCCUGUAUAUCAAUGUGGAAUCUAUACUGGCCACCUUAGCAAUGUUGGAUGAUUGUUGGACAAUUUGAAGACUGAGUCCUUCUGCUUCCAACCUUAACCGUGGCUUGUUUCUUGUCUUUCCCCAAUCCUAUAUCAUGUUAAAAGUUUUCUGCAAAUGAAGUUGUACCCCUACUCUGCCAAGAAUAUGCUGAGCUCAAAGCAAGAGGCAUGGAACCCUCCAAAGGUUGGAUUGAACCACCAGCUACUACUUCUGCUCCACAACAACCUUCCAUGUCUAAAUGACCUCUAAUACUUUGCAGAUUAUGGCAAGUCGUGCGUCUUCAAAACCACAACUGCUCUACAAAUGAACUGGAUAAUAACUUUUGGUAUCAUUAUGAAACCCUUUGUUCCGUUGUGAGUUUUCAAUAAAAAAAUGUGCGCUUUGUGAAGCUAAAAGGACUCAGAUUGAUCUUGUACUCAUUUGCAAUUGUUUCAUGAAAUGGACAUUUUCAUUAUACCAAUAUUCCUCACUUUGUUGUUUCUACUGCUAGUUUAGGGUCGAUCUGAGUAUAUUGAUUAAGUGACAGUGAUCAAUGUUUAUAAUGUAAAACUAAUUUGACCAGCAUCAAAAUGAGUUGAUGUCCUUGAACUGGGCCUAGUUUGGGUAACUUGCAACUGUCCUUCCAACAUAAUUAUCAUGAUCCAAAUAGAUAGCAACAAAUCAUUUUGGGCUGACCUUUUCUACCCGACAAGGCUCCUCAGGCUAACCAUACUUGUUAACAAACAACUGUUUCCCUAGGGCUAGUCAAUGUAGUAUUCCAUUGACUUUUGUCUGAUAUAUUUUUUAUUGUUAGAGAAAUGUUUUUCUUCAAGCUAGUUAGGCUGUUAAUGUCGUUUCUUGAAGCUCUUCUGGUUGUCCAGAAAGGGAUGAGAUUAUUAAUCUUUUCGAAGAAACAGCGAGAAGUUGGGGAAAAUAACAACAUGGCCUGCUCUACCCUGGCAGAUACAAGUAGUCUAUUUCAUAAGCGAAGUUUCCCAGACCCUUAUUUCAACAUUAGGCUUGGAUAUGGUAGUAUAUAAUGGCAUUCUAAGAACCUCUUAUUCUACAGCAGUUAACGAAUACUAGUUAAUCUUCUCGCAUAUAGUGAUAAUAUGAGUAUUGAUUUGAACCAAGAAGAUAGGAAUGGUGAUUAUGCUCUUCAGUCCAAAUGGAUGGGUGGUCUUUGUAACUGUGGAGCUGAUGUUACUACAUGUUUCUUAACAUGUUUCUUCCCAUGCAUAACUUUUGGCCGAAUCGCAGAAACUGUGGAUGAAGGACGAACAUCAUGCUUUGCGCAUAGCAUAGUGUAUGGAUUGUUGAUGACAAUUCAGUGCCAUUGGCUUUACUCAUGCUUGUACAGAGACAAAUUGCGCAAGAAAUUUGGUUUGCCUGAGGACCCUUGUUGUGAUUGCCUUGUUAACUACUGCUGCGAGCCAUGCGCCCUUUGCCAAGAGCAUUCUGAGCUCAAAUCAAGAGGAUUCAACCCCUCUAUACGUACUCCUAUCUAUAGUGACAAAUCAUAUAUUUACUUAACUUACAAGCUUAUAAUGUCUCGUAAUCAUCAUCAUUGCCUGACACCUUAUAUGUUCGGUACAUGUGUGAAAACAUAUACAGGUUGGACCGGACCGCCCACUUCUCCUCCAAAUAUGCCUCCUUCCAUGUUCAAGUGAUCUCUGAUUCCGACCAAUGUACUUGGCAGACUAUCGAUACUGUGAACUUACGCCUGUCUCUUAACUCGUCAAUUAGAAUAACAACUGUGUAUGGGUGAAUGAUGGUGUAUGCUUUAGUUGUAGUGUGAUUUUAAAUGUUUUCCAACUUGAAGAGCUAAGGAAAAGAUUAUGAUUCAUGAGUCUGAUUUCUUCUAUUUCAUCACGUCGCAAAAUUUUGUUUACAAAUAAGAAAUGUAAUGCAUGAGAAAAAUACAUGCUAAUGAUGCUAC